GAGGAGGCUCAGGUGGAGGCGAUGAAGAAGGAGCGGGAGGAACGCCCCAAGAUCAGCGACCAGUUUGCGGACCUCAAGGGACACUUGGCAGGGGUUUCCCAGUCUGAGUGGGAGGCGAUUCCCGACGUGGGGGACUACAGCCUCAAGUACAAGCAGAGCAAGCGCCGCGAGAUUUUCACGCCCAUGCCGGACCACGUGAUUGAAGGGGCGCGCAACGACGCGGCUGUUGUGGGGACGAUGGACCCAGCUCUCGGCGGUGCUACCCCCGGCACGUCCACGACGAACAUCUCCAGCCUGGGACACGCGCGAGGGACGGUGCUGGGGCUGAAGCUGGACAAGAUGAGCGACAGCGUCACUGGACAGACGGCCGUCAACCCCAAGGGGUGA